CUCUCUCUCUCUCUGUAGAGUAUUCAGGAUGCCCUCCAGAGGGCGCUGUCCUCUCUGCUGCAGACCUCACCUCACCGCAGAGUCGCCAUGGUUACCUUCAAUGACCAGGUAGUAGUGUAUGGUGAUGGUUCAGGUGUACCAGUCUCUCUGAGGGACUGGGCUCUAGUUGAUUCUGACUACCUGAGACAGCAGGGUAAACAGUACAACACUCCACACUGUAUAGCUGAGAGCUACCAACACCUCUCACUGAGAGUCAAAGAGCUGAGGGAGCAUGGAGCUACAGCGCUGGGUCCUGCUGCCUUGGUCUCCGUUGCUAUGGCGUCUCGAUACGUCGGGUCAAAGGUGAUCCUGUGUACAGACGGGCGAGCUAACAUCGGAUUGGGUCUAAUGGAGGAGAGUCCCGCCCCUUUCUCCUCCCCCCAGUCACCUUACUUCUACAGACAGCUAGCCCACGAGGCAGCUAACAACGGUGUGAUAGUGUCGGUGAUGACAUUUGAGGGAACAGACUGCAGGUUGGCUGAGGUGGGACUACUGGCAGACCAGACUGGAGGCAGGGUGAAUACAGUAAGCAUCGGUACCGUAGCAACAGAGAUCCAGUCAGCUCUGGCCGACAACAUCCUAGCAACGGGUGUCAUGGCAACGCUACUAGCAGCUGAUGGCGUGUAUUUCCCCUACGAGGAGGAGUGUAGCCACCGUCUAGUAAGGGAGAUAGGGAACGUGACAGAAGCUGUAGAAAUCACCUUUCAGUUCGCCUGCAAGCCUGACAGCGUAGAGAGUUUCAUGCGUAGAGCCAGACUACCGUUCCAGCUCCAGCUGUCCUUCACCACCAGAGAUCAACAGAACGUCACACGCAUCAUUACUGAACAGAGACGGGUUACAACCAGCAGCUGGGUGUGGGCAGGCAGUCUGAACAUGUCAGUGUUAGGGGUCCACUGUGCCCAGCUGUGUGCCAGGUUAACUAUGGAGGGAAGAGUCCACGAGGCACAGAGACAACUCAGAGCACAGCAAAACCUGCUCAAAGACAUCAGUGUGCAGAGGCCCAAUCCAAAGGAGGAAAGUAUCUAUGGCAACUGGAUCAGUACCAUGACAACCAUAUGUGAUGACCUCAUUACAGACUCCCAAGGCAACAGCAAGAUCAACGACCUACAGGCCUCCAAGUCUACUCCUGUGAACGCCCUCUCUGAUGAGGCAGCCAAGGUGGUGUACCAGAUGAAGAGGGCCAGCAGUGUGGACCAGAGCAGGAGGAAACAGACAGACAUUGUGGCUCUGUGAGGAGCCUGACCACAGCAGUCACAGGUGGCAAAAUCGGCAGACAUCUUGGAUCCACAGGAGCCAGCUGCAGCAUCAACAGUUGCCAAAACUGGCAGCCAUGUUACAGACUGGACACUCACUCAAACAACUCCAAAUGUACUACCUAAAUAUUAAAUAAAGACGUGUCAUUUAAAUGG